AUGUGCCCCUGCUCUCGCGAUGCUGGAGCAGGCGCCAGCAGAGCAGGGGAGGUUUGUCCCCAGGCCCGGCUUGCGGCGGUGAAGCGAGGCAGGAGCCGAAACGCAAAACACUUUGAACUAAGUUCUUCUCCAUCUGUCACUGGUACGGUGGGUCAAGAUGUGAUACUGCCAUGCCAGAUCUCUCUUGGGAGACAGCCACAGAGUAUGGAGGUCCAGUGGCAAAAAAUUGGAGAUAACCCUGUUAACAUCUACCAGUUCAAAGCUAUGGGUGACUUGGAGACAUUUGGGCAAGGCUACCAGUCCCGGACAGCAAUGGCCAAGGAGGGGCUGGUCAAUGGAAAUGUGUCUUUGAACCUGAAGAAUGUGCAAGUGGCCGAUGAAGGAACCUACAGAUGCAUUGUCAAGUCUACUGGUUGGAGUAGUUUCACCCGAACAGUUCUUCAUGUUACAGGCAUGGGAACGGUGUCAAUUGAGAUUUUGGGACCAGAAGGAGACGGGAUCAAACUGGCUUGCAGAUCUUCGGGAUGGUUCCCCCGUCCUGAAUUACAAUGGCUGAUGGAGGGCCAUCAGAUGAAGGACCAUCCAUUUGAAUUUGAGCAGGAUCGUGAGCAGCUGUUCAGUGUUUUAAGCUUUGUCACAGUCUUGGGAGACACAAGAAAUGUUACCUGUUUGGUCUAUGAGAAAAGCCAUCUGCAGAUGAAACAGAAAUGCACCAUCUUCCUUUCACGUGACAUUUUCCCACAGAUUUCUCCAUGGAACCCUGCAUUCUGGGUGUUGUUUAUGCUGUCUUUUCUGGGUUUUGGAAUUGCAGGAUAUUAUUUAUGUAAAGAAAAGCAGAAAUAUCUCCAGAAGAAAAAUACUGAAGAGACUCAAACACUUACUCUAGAAACUCAGAUGGCAAUCUUGAAAACAGGGGUUGGUUCUGGACCUGCAGGAGAGAGGACGCCACCAUAUCCCCGCCUCGCCACUUCCCUGCCGGAACUCUUUGCUGCCUCAGUCGCCUCAAUUAUUGUCCUACGCAAUUUAUUCCACCCCGGUUUCUCGGACGCCGCAGCCGCCGCUUCCUACUGCUCUUUCUGGAAUUUCUCCUGUCGGGAUAACGCGUUCUUUUCCUCUCCGGGCCGGAGCGCCCGUCUCCCUCUUAACUUCCUUAGUGGGAGUCCCCCCGACUCGGCCUUCCUACACAAAAGCUAA